AUGCCGCGGCCUAGGUCACGAAACGUUGAGAAAGGUAUCAAAGCUGGGGCUAGAGAGUUUGAGGUUUCGUCCAUAGCCCGUUUCUCUGUGGUUUUCCCAAUCCACCUUCAGUUCAUCACCAUCUCUGAUCUUCCUCAGGAAUACCUGGAAGACCAGAAAUACAGGGACGAAGAAGGCCUGGCUGAGAAACUGGAAAGCUUAAAAAAUAAAUAUGCUGAGUUUGACCUGAACGACGAAGGAGAGAUCGACAUGAUGGGGCUGAAGCGAAUGAUGGAGAAGCUGGGGGUGCCGAAGACCCACCUGGAGCUGAAAAAGAUGAUUGUGGAAGUGACCGGCGGCAGCAGCAACACCAUCAACUACAGGGACUUCGUCAAGAUGAUGCUGGGAAAGCGCUCCGCUGUGCUCAAGCUAGUUCUGCUUUUCGAAGAUAAAGCCAACAGCAGCCCCUGCAAGCCAGACGGACCCCCUCCGAAACGGGACAUCACCAGCCUGCCUUAAACAGCCUCCAGACCGCGGAGCAGAGGGACCAUUCGUGGCUGCGUUGAACAACAUAGAAUAUUGUGUUAAUGUGGAACCAGGGAUCAAGGAUGACGUUUUGUGAACAAGUGGUGUGUGUGCAAGGUUUCUGUCGUUUGGAAGACUGAGCCUAAACCUCACUAAAAAAAAAAUGUUUGACUGUGAAUAUCCAUGUAUUUUUUUUCUCCCUUUAAAUCAAAUGUAGCAGUGAUAGUUGUACAUGUAAUUCAACUGAUAAGUUAAAAAGAUUUUUACUAAACGUUUUGUGGUUGUAUUUUUAAGGGAACGCUCAUAAUUCUCUAAAAGAUGCUCAUCCGUCCUUUCUGCUUAUUUUUAAAUUUAUUUUUUUUUCUUUAACCUGGGAAAAUCCAGCUUAACCACGGCAGACUAGGUCACUUCUGGAAAAAUCAGACAACAGCAGUUUUUACAGUACGUUUUUUUUUCUCCAGCCUCCUCCGUCGUCCUGCCAGGCCCACAUGCGUGCGCCGCACCGCUUUUGAGCGAGUGCCAGGGAACACGGGGGCCGGCUUAUCUCCCGCUGAGCGUCAGACCCAGGGUGCCGGGACCUGCUUUUUUUUUUUUUUUUUUUUUUAACGCCCUCACAGUUGUUGAGCGACGAGCAGAAAGAGAUUACGCUAACUAGAAGAGUUUGGGGGAAGACCAAGCCGGUCCGAUCCAGUCUCUGAGCGUGCGAGGUUUCAGCCGCAGCUCUUUUUUGGACGCCGUUUCACGUACGGGCACGCGAAUAGACGCACGUAAAACGCUACAUAAAGUACAAUCAUGUUCUUUCCAAGUGCCUCGACUUGCAGAUACUGUAGGGUUUCAGAAAGGAGGAAGAGCACACAGGCAUUCAUGUACAAAACACUUUGAGCUUGUUCAUUCCGGGAAAUCAUGAACUUAGGUUUGAUAUUAGGUAAGACAGCAAUAGCGAUGAGUGAGCAUUAUGGAUGUUUUGUUGUUGCUUUGUAUCCAUGGGUGAAUGAAAUUGCUGUUGUUUUUUAAUUUGCUUAUUAACUAUUAUUUUAUAUUUCACUAAGUAUUAAAUUUGUCCUUGAUUUGUCUGUUUUUUUCCUCCUGUUGUUUCAUCGACCCUUCAUCUUCUUUGUUUUGUAAAAUGAAUUCUGUAAUUUGUGCCUCCGUGUUUAUCUGCUCGUUAUUUUACCUAUAGCUCACACCGUAUGGUUAAAUCGAUACUUUACAGGGUUUUCCACGUAUGAUUUGUUUUCAGUCUCGUAGGGACAUCACAUGUUUUUAGCGUUGAGAUGUACAUUGUUUGCAGACACCAAAGGAAUUAAAGGUUCUUCUUACACUG